AUGCCUCGAGUAACGUCAAGUUCCCAGAUCGUGGAUGUUUCACCUUCAGGUAGCAUUAUAUCAGGCCUAGAAGAGCAACGGAAUGAAAUGCCGGAUGCAACCAACAUCGACGAGAAAAAGAUAGAGCCCGCCCCAGCUCGCCAGGAUGUCUUCGGAGACGAGUCAAAUGCGGAGGUGAAGUAUAAGGUCUUGAAAUGGUGGCAAUGUGGACUCCUCAUGGUUGCUGAGACUAUAUCCUUGGGCAUCCUGUCAUUACCAGCGGCCAUCGCAAAUCUUGGCUUUGUCCCCGCAAUAAUCAUCCUCAUCUCGUUAGGUCUGAUAGCAUCAUAUACAGGCUAUGUAAUUGGACAAUUCAAAUGGAGAUACCCCCAUAUCUCGAGCAUGGCCGAUGCCGGCGAGAUGCUUAUGGGUCCAUUCGGGCGGGAGCUGUUGUUCGUCGGACAGAUGCUGUUUCUCGUGUUCCUCAUGGCAAGUCAUAUACUGACUUUUACGGUCGCCAUGAAUACCCUUACCAAUCAUGGAACCUGCUCCAUCGUCUUUGGCAUCGUUGGUCUUGUCGUUUCGCUCCUGAUGUCAUUGCCGCGGACGUUGGCAAAGAUGUCCUGGCUCUCCUUAGCUUCAUUUAUAAGUAUCUUUAGUGCGGUCAUGAUUGCCAUGAUUGCAAUCGGUAUUCAGAGACCGGGGGUUGUUACUACGGCUGUGAACCACCCAAGCCUGGUAACCGGCGUAACUUCGUCCUUGAAUAUAGCCCUCUCCUAUGCUAGCCAUAACGCUUUCUUUAAUAUCAUUGCCGAACUAAAAGACCCCAAAGAUUUCCCCAAGGCACUGUCGCUGCUACAAUGCAUCGACAUAUCUCUGUAUCUCGUUUGCGGUGUUGUAAUUUACCGAUAUGCGGGCGAGGGGGUUGAAUCUCCAGCACUUGGUUCAGCUGGUCCGCUGGUCGGCAAAAUUGCCUAUGGCAUUGCUUUGCCUACGAUCCUCAUUGCCGGCGUCAUAAACGGCCAUAUCGCGUGCAAAUCGAUAUAUACGCGUGUCUUCGCCGGCACCGAUCGCAUGCAUAAACGUGACUUUAUUGCUGUAGGUUCCUGGAUUGGGAUCGGUGUGGCAUUGUGGGUUGUUGCUUGGGUUAUUGCUUCUGCCAUUCCCGUGUUUAGUAACCUGCUGAGCUUGAUGACUGCCUUAUUUGCUAGCUGGUUCAGCUUCGGGCUACCGGGUGCGUUCUGGUUGUAUAUGAACAAGGACCUCUGGUUUUCUUCGCCGAGGAAAAUCCUCUUGACGCUAUUUAAUACAUUUUGUAUCUGCAUCGGAAUCAUCAUGUGCGGGCUUGGUCUGUACAGCUCUGGCAAGGCUAUUCAUGACGACCCCAGUAGCCAAAGCUUUUCAUGUGCAAACACGGCCUAA